AUGAAUAUAUGUGAAGACUUAACCAAGUCUGCCCUCCGGCAAAACACUGAGAGUGAUCUCCCCAACUGCACUGACGUGGAAGCCAUUCUCAAGAUUUUGUAUCUCCCUCCUGUGUACAGCAUCAUCUUCCUGUUGGGCUUCCCAGGAAAAUGUGUUUACAGUUUCAAAAUGAGACCUUGGAAGGCAUCACUAACCAUCAUUAUGCUGAACUUGGCCCUCACAGACCUACUCUACUUAACCAGCCUUCCCUUCCUGAUACACUACUAUGCCAGUGGGCAGCACUGGAUUUUUGAUGAAUUUAUGUGCAAGUUCAUCCACUUCAGAUUGCAUUUUAACUUGUACAGCAGUAUCCUCUUCCACACCUGCUUCAGCAUCUUCUGGUAUUUGGUGAUUGUCCACCCUAUGAAAUUCUUGCACGCCCAGAAGAAAUGGUAGACCAUAGUGGAUUGCUCUAUAGUCUGGGUGAUCUCACUGGCAACUGUCACUCCUGCAAAGUUCUUGAUCUCCUCAGAAGUGGAGCAAAACAGAAUUUUAUACCUUGACCUCAUCAGCUCUGAAAACCUCAACACCAUCAGGUGGUAUAACUGGCUUCUGACUGGCCUGGCCUUCUUCUUGCCCUUUCAGGUAGUGACGCUGUGCUACACGCUCAUUAUUUAUACCUUGGCUACGGGACCCCGCAUGCAUGCUUGCUACAAAAAGAAGGCCCAUAGACUUGCCAUCAUUACUGUAGUUGUCUUUUAUGUGUGCUUCCUCCCCUUCCAUGUCUUCUGGGUGGUUCGAUUGACCUGUGAUUUUGCGGUUGACUGUCUCAUGGAGAAGCAAAUCCACUCUGCCUAUAUCAUUUGUAGGCCCCUGGCUGCACUCAACACGUGUGGUAACCUACUACUUUAUGUUGUGAUCGGAGGUAACUUCCAGCAAGCCAUCUGCUCUCCUUCAAGGUGUAAGUAA